AUGCAUUACGGAGAGCCGAACCUCAUCAAAGUCGCGGCAAACGAUUCAGCCAUCAUAUCCUCGCCAUCCUAUCCAAGCAACUACCAGAACAAUCAGGACAUCCAGUGGGUUAUCCAAACAGCGGAGAACUUUAGAAUCCUCCUCAGUUUCAAAGCUUUCAGCACGGAGAGUUGUUGCGACCAUCUGAGUGUCGGGGACGGUAUGGAUUCUGCAAACUACUCUACAAGGAUCUUCAGGUCGAGUGGGAGCAGUCUCCCGCCUGAUACGCUCUCAGCCGGCAAUGCCAUGUGGCUUAGGUUCACAUCUGAUAGUACUGCCACCAGAAGUGGCUUUUCUCUAUCAGCUCGAAGCUAUGGAUCAGUUGGUUGUGUAUUGAACUCUUGUCUGAGCGGGACGUGUCAACCAGUGGGGAGAUCUGGCUUCAACUGUGAAUGUCUAGAUGGGUUUGAAGGAACGAGAUGCGAAACAGGGCUGAUCAAUCUUGCGGCAAACCAGUCAAUCAACAUUACCUCGCCAUCCUUUCUAAGCAACUACCAGGACAGUCUGGACAUCCAGUGGGUCAUCCAAACAGCGGAGGACCAGAGAAUCAUCCUCAGUUUCCACGCUUUCAAUACGGAGAAUUGUUGCGACCGUCUGAGUGCCGGGGAUGGUAUCGAUUGGACCAACUUCUCUACAACGAUCAUCCGUUUGCAUGGGAACAUUUUCCUGUCUGAUACGCCCUCAACUGGCAAUGUCAUGUGGCUGAGGUUCACAUCUUAUCGUGGUUUGUUCAGUACAAAUUUUUCUCUGUCAGCUCGAAGCGUUGGACCGAUGAUUGGCUGUAUAAUGAACUCUUGUCUGAACAACAAGACGUGUCAUCCAGUGGGUAGGUCUGGCUUCAAAUGUGAAUGUCCCGAUGGGGUUGGAGGCACAAGGUGUAAAAAAGAGCUGAUCAAUCUUGCGGCAAACCAGUCAAUCAACAUAACCUCGCCAUCCUAUCCAAGCAACUACCAGAACAAUCUGGACAUCGAAUGGGUUAUCCAAACAGCGGAGGACUUUAGCAUCAUCCUCACUUUCUACGAUUUCAACACGUGGUAUCAUGAUAUUGUGGGGGUUGGCAAUGGCCUCGCCUCUACCGACUCCUCCACUACGGUCUUCCGUAGGGGUGGGAACGUUCUCCCGCCUGAUACGCUUUCAACUGGCAAUGCUAUGUGGCUAACGUUCACAACUGAUGGUAGUGAAAACAGCAAAGGUUUUUCUCUAUCAGCUCGAAGCAUUGGAGCAAUUGGUUGCAUAUUGAACUCUUGUUUGAACCGCGGGACGUGUCAACCAGUGGGGAAGUCUGGCUUCAACUGUGAGUGUCCCGGCGGGUUUGAAGGCACAAGGUGUGAAAUAGAGCUGAUAUAUCUUGCAGCAAACCAGUCAAUCAAUAUUACCUCGCCAUCCUAUCCAUGGUACUACGAGAACAAUCUGGACAUCCAGUGGCUUAUCCAAGCAGCGGAUGACCAGAAAAUCAUCCUCAGAUUCCACGAUUUCGACACGCUGUACUAUGAUUUUUUGGAGGUUGGCAAUGGACGAAAAUCUACUGUCUCCUCCACUACGGUGUUCCGUAGAAGUGGGAGCCGUCUCCCGCCUGUUACACUCUCAACCGGCAAUGCCAUGUGGCUAAGGUUCACAUCUGGUGCUAUUGGCAUUGGAAGAGGCUUUUCUCUAUCAGCUCGAAGCUAUCAUGGAUCAAUUGGCUGUAUAUUGAACUCUUGUCUGAACAGCGGGACGUGUCAACCAGUGGGGAGGUCUGGCUUCAACUGUGAAUGUCUCGAUGGGUUUGAAGGCACGAGGUGUGAAAUAGAGCUGAUCUAUCUUGCAGCAAACCAGUCAAUCAACAUUACCUCGCCAUCCUAUCCAAGCAACUACCAGGACAGUCUGGACAUCCAGUGGCUUAUCCAAGCAGCGGAGGGCCAGAGAAUCAUCAUCAGUUUCCACACUUUCCGUACGUACCUUUCUGAUUAUUUGGAGGUUGGCAAUGGCCGCAACUCUACCGACUCCUCCACUAGGGUUCUCCGUCUUAGUGGGAGCAGGCUCCCGCCUGAUACGCCCUCAACCGGUAUUGCCAUGUGGCUGAGGUUCACAUCUGAUGGUAGUCUAAACAGAAAAGGUUUUUCUCUAUCAGCUCGAAGCUAUGGAUCAAUUGCUACUGUGACCAUACCAACUGCAACGACUACUACCGCAACUGCAACGACUACCAGCCGCGCUGCAACGAAAAUCGUUGACGAGGGCUGCUCGGCUCCACCCAGAUUGAACCACGUGACAAUAGCCGAAGGGCAAGAUCACGCAUUUCAACCAGGCGAGGUGGCCACUUUUACGUGCAGUGGUGGCUUUGUCGUCACGGGAACCGACCGUCACGACGCGGAGCGCGUCUGCCAAUCAGACGGCUCUUGGUCCAGCAAACCAGUGAAGUGUUCUCCGGCAGAUGAUCCCAGAGCUUAUGACACGCUAGUGGGGAAGGCAGCAGGGGGAGCAGCGGCCGGAGGAGUUGUCUUCGUGGUGAUCCUGCUUCUUGUUGUCCUCCUCAUCAGAAGAAGGUGGAGGAAAAACAACAACCAGAGAGCAGUUCAGGCCCCGGAUAUUGCGCUGAUGUCUUCUUACAAUACCUACAAGGACUGAU